CAUCGGUAUAUAAUUUACCCUUUUAAAAGACCAAGAUGGUAUUCUGUGCGAAGUUGUUAGCUGUGUUAAGUAAAGGUUCGACAGAUAGUGCGGACCGGUGGCUUUGUUUUCUAUAAAGUUGUUAGAUAUCUAGUAUAUAUGUUUUCAAUGACGAUAGGUCACUCACUCUGAGUCUUUCUCAUUUCCUCCUCAAUCCUAGACUCUGUCAGUUUUGUUCACUCGGAGCAUCUACAUUUCCACCACAUACUCCUUGAUCUUCUCCGUAAUGUUGACCAUUUUGGCUUAUGUUUUUUUUAAAGACGGAAAUACCGUCUAAAACCAAAUGCGAUAGUCGUUCAAUUCCAAGGUACAAGCCGAGAUGUAAAAUCUAAUGUGUUUCGUGACGAGCUCCAGAAUCUGAGGUGGGGGAUGGUGGCAGAAUCGUAGCGGCGACUCUAUUAAGCUGGGAUGUUGACUCACCGCCUACCGCUUUCAACCUUCAUCGUCGCGCCACCCGUCACAGUACUUUUCCUGCAGACAUUGGCGUGCCGACUUUCCAUCGCAUCUACCAUCACCUCUUUUUACGCAGCCACGCACACAUAUUUAACAAUGGCUGACGUAGAUACGCACGAAACUGCGGCGCUGGUCGCCGACCAGCAAGAUAAUGCUAUGGCCCUUGCGACUACGAGCUCCGAAAUCUCAGCGCCUGUCGAGAAGAAAACGAAAAAGGUCAUUCGCAAAAAGCGUCGCCCAGCACGCGCACAGGUCGAGCCAGACUUCGCUGCUGCAGAGGGACCACCUCAGACUGGAACAAUCUUUAAUAUCUGGUAUAAUAAGUGGUCGGGCGGUGAUCAUGACAGCGAUAUGCAAACAAAGGCGAAGGGUCGAUGCAACGUCGCCAAAGACAGCGGAUACACAAAAGCCGAUAACAAGCCUGGGAGCUACUUUUGCCUCUCUUUUGCCCGUGGUCUGUGUCCUAAGGGCAUAGAUUGCGAUUUCUUACAUCGUCUGCCAGCCGCGUACGACCUGUUCAGCCCGAAUGUCGACUGCUUUGGUCGUGACAAGUUUUCCGAUUAUAGAGAUGAUAUGGGUGGUGUUGGAAGUUUCAUGAGAAUCAAUCGUACUAUAUACAUUGGUCGCAUACAUGUUACGGAUGAUAUCGAAGAAAUAGUGGCUCGCCAUUUUGCGGAAUGGGGCCAAGUUGAGCGAGUUCGCGUUCUUAACACACGAGGUGUCGGUUUUGUGACGUAUACGAACGAAGCGAAUGCACAGUUUGCGAAGGAAGCCAUGGCGCAUCAAUCACUAGACCACGACGAAGUCUUGAAUGUUCGAUGGGCAACUGCAGACCCCAAUCCUCUGGCGCAAGCUAGAGAGGCUAGAAGGGUGGAGGAACAGGCCGCUGAAGCCAUCCGCCGAGCUCUGCCGGCUGAAUUUGUCGCAGAAAUCGAAGGAAAGGAUCCUGAAGCAAGGAAACGAAGAAAGAUUGAAAGUAACUACGGCUUAGAAGGUUACGAAGCGCCAGACGACAUUCAUUUUGCUCGCGGCGCUAAUGCUGUCAACCCCCGCGGAAGAGAAGGAGCCGAAAUCGAAUAUCAAGAACAUCUUAUGAUUGAAGAUGGUGCACCAGCCGAAGCGGACAGCGCACCGGCUACGUCUGAACCAGAGAAGACUGGCAUCUUUUCUGGUAGCACCCUUGCUGCGCUUAGCAAAGCCAGGGUGUCGGUUCAAUCAAAACCUAAGGCGGCAGCGGCAGGACCUUUGGUAGCUUAUGACAGUGACAGUGAGGAAGACGAUUGAGGGAUACGCAUUUGCAUAUAUCUGGAGUGUAAUAACAAAUACCACCUGGCGCAUUGAUUUUCAAGUAUGGCGUUAUAGAUUAACUGUUGAAUAUUCGGGAAUAUAAAACUUCAUGACGACCAAUCCAAAGGUCCAUGAUGGGAACACUUUGACCAGCAUCUUCAACCGUCGUAUGCCAUUCUUUAUCAAUUGCAGCGUUGAUCAAUCGCUGAACCCUUUCACUAGCCAAGACCUUUUGAGCUUGGUAGGGCCCAAACACACUUGCACGCACUGCUGCCGAUAGCAAAGCCUUGACAUGACUGAGCAUGAAGACAUAUGCGGUCUGGCGUAGACUGAGUCCAACAAUAGCACAGAGGGCACCAAACAGAGGCCCGAAGUGAGCAGAAACCAGGGGAAUCUCCAUCCCGUUGCUUUUUCUUAGUAAAUCUGAGAAAUGUCGGAGAAUCUGCGCAUCAGCAGCGGUAGAGCCAGGCGGUACUGUAGACCGAAAUGACCUCUCCCAAAUGCUUAGGAGCGCUCGCCCCUGGGAAGUGCUCGCUCGCCUUCCGACGGUGCAAAUGAUGGCCGCAUCCAAUUGAUCGUCUAGAGACGCUAAAUUGAUGGGAUCCCUACAUGCUGCGAGAACAAAUGGAAGAGUAGUAGAAGCGAAGGAGGAGAUGGAUAACGGGAGGAAAGUUGUAAAGUUGGACGUGCGCGGGUUAUGAACUAGAUAGGACUCCAAGCCGCUGCUGAAGGCGAAUGAUCCAACAGGAAGGGCAGAGUCGGAGAGGAGCAAUAUAAAAUGAUUAGCGAUAUUAGACGUUGCUAGAGAUUUAUUAGCGAUCAGUAGAGAUUCAUUGUAUCAACUGCUUACAAUCGGUGACCAUCGGUGUGGGCUCUAUUGGCCGCUUUACGCUGCCGCCAUUGGAGAGCAGUCGUGCCUUCGCGGCAGCUAAGCGCGUUUCUAAUUCGGCAAUCUCAUCUUCAAUCCCUUGGAUUUCGGGGUCAAUCAUCUCCUCGUCCAUUCCAUCGCGUGUACUGUGUGGUGUGUAUGCAAGUCGCAGGUUGCCGACGCCGGAUCCCGACGGAUGUCCCCACGUUAUCUCAGUCAAGGGUGAUAAGCAUCUAUCACGGCGCCGAAGGUUGCUUGAUGGCCACGGAUACGGAAUAAGUAAUAGUACAAACAAUAAAAUAAAGAAAGAUCAUUCCAGGUUCGAUAAUAAAAUAAUUUAAUGCAAUCCUAAAAACUCCACGCUUUGCCCAAAUUACGCUACGUAUGUAUCCAAAACAAAAAUGUCAUACUGUCGCCUCAAGGACGCAAGUUCUCUUUUCCAAUGAGAUAGCGAGCCCGCGCCUUCUUUUUCUCAGCAACCCUCUUGUCAAUUCUGGCUAACACUGCGGCAUGCCUCUCCGCUCCGAGAGCACUUCUUGAAAGCGCAGAACGUGCUACGUUGCUCGUCUUAGCGCCUACUUCGGGGCCGCCAAGCUUCGCGAAUCGAUGCUGCAACAAGUCGAUAUCGUCGUCACCGGUAUCGUUCUGUUUGCUUCGGGACGAUUUGGCUUUGGAGCCAUUUCGUUCACGACCCAGGUUCAUAUGGCGCGCUAACGGUUCCCCAGCAGGUGUUGUGCUUAUAUCCUGUAGGUGAUUGGCGAUGUCAUCGCGCAGGAAGUGUCUAUCACGAGGUGUGCGAGGAACAAAUGGCUGCCAACCACGUGCAUCAGACUCGGCAGGAAGCGAUGAAACCCGGCGAUGCUUUCGGCCUGAAACCAGGCCGAUGUCGUUGUCUUCUGUAGCAGAAUCUUGUUGGUAUUUUUCACGAAGAGUAGUGGAUUUCGCCGUCUUCGAAGCUUUAUCGUCUGUCCGGUGGCGACGUUGAGGACGACUAGACAUUUCGUUGGCCCUUUUCUCGAUUGCAGCCAUAGUUUCUAAAGUUUCGGCGUGUAGACUCUUUAGUUUCGCGUGCUCGGCCUCGAUCGAUUUCAGAGACUUGUUUUCCCUCUUUAGUUCUGUGAUUUUAGACUGUGCUCGUUGUAGAAUAUCGCGCAUCUCGUCGUCGCGUUUAUCCGCUUCAGUUUUUAAUACCGUCAUAUCUUCUUUCAAUUGUUCGACUUCUUUUGCUUUCGUGCUCAGAUCUGCUUGCGCUGUUCGGAGCUGUGUUCGAAGGUCCCGAGCUCUGGGACCACUGGGUGCUUCACUCGCAGUAUGUGCGUCGGCAGACUUGGCCAAUUGUAGUUGUGCUUUCAACGUAGCGAGCUGCUCGCGGAGGGAACUCAUUUCGGUCACCUCGCUUCGAGCCUUGCGUAGUUCGCGCUGCACUUCGAUCAACGCCUUUUGAGAGCCAGGCGAGUCUGACACGGGUCUGGAUCUACGAUCCUGCAACGCCUUGUGGGAUGCGAGAGCAUCUUCAAGUUUGUCCUCUAGAUCUUCGGCACGAUCGCGGUAUUCAGUGGCAAGUACAGUCUGCUUUUCGAGUUCCUUGGUCAGAUCGACAAUCGCAGCCGCGGUGCCACUAUUGGCGUCGUUCUCAGCUCCAUCAACAGGUGUUUCUUGUGAGGUCUGGGCUAACAUUUGCUGGAGUUUAGCGACCUUUGCUUGCUCCUCUCUCAAUCUCUCAGCCAGUCGUGUGACCUGUGUAUCCUUUUGCUGUGCAUAGGUUUUUGCUAGUUGCUUAUACUUGAGCAGUUUCUCCAUUUCAGCCUUGGCGCCAUCGUGAUAUUUUUGAUAUUCCUCUUUCCAAUAUCGUCCCGAGUUCGAAUGAGGCUCAUUUAAAUCCAGUGUGACGUCUGUGUUGACGUGGUCGCUCUCUUCUUCCUCCCAAUCGUCGUCCGAGUUGGGUGCUGGCCCUGCGGUUGCACUUGGCGCGUUUGAUUCGAGGCCAUGUCCGAAAGUGACUCGUUUACGUUUCGAGGUACCAGUUCCGGGUGUCAGGAGAAUACCGGGUGGUUUAGAAGGCGUACCAGUCUCACGAUCCAUCGCGCUUCGUCUUGGAUGUCGUGGGUUGCCGGCCGGAUGUCGACGGGAGGGACU